AUGAAUAUUCCAAUAGCGGAGUGCUCGCGGCAACAAGCCGCAGGAAUUCAAAAUGUUCUAAGUUUAUGUACCGUUGAUGCGAAUAGUGUAUUGGUGGCUUGCCAUGGAACUACUGAUUUAUUUCUUUUGGCAAUUGAUAACAGCAUCAUUGAAAUUGAAUACAUUUAUGCGGUCAACUUAAGGACACCAGCAAGAAAAUUGAGGCAUAUUUCUGCACUUGAUGCCACUUUCAUCUUGAGUGACGGUAAACUUUAUUCGACCAGCUUGAAGAGAGAAAGAAUGAUUUUAUUUCAAGCAAUAUUACCAGUGAUUGAUGCUGUAGUGACGGACUUCGACGUUGUUAUUGUGAGGGAGGGUGCAUGUAUUUCCGUAUUGGAGGCAUCUGAUGUAUCCGUUUUUAUUUAUACUAGAAAUGGUAAAUUUUUGCUUAGCCGCUUUAAGGUGGCAAAUAUUAGUGCAUGUAACUGGGUAACACCGGAUUGUUUGUGUUGCUCCGGAGAACGUAUGUUACAUAUUUACGGUGUUGAUGGUACAUAUAUGCUUUCUUUGGGUUCACAUACAACUCCAGCACAUUAUGCAAUUCCGUUGCCCGAGUGCUUUUUACCAAGUGAUAAGAUGUCAGAUGCUAAUAAUGGAAAAAAAAGUUUUGUAGUUUUUUUUGAAGGUUGUAAUCUUUAUUUUGCGUAUUAUCUGGUUUUGUUUGUGCAAGUGGGUGAUGUCUUUACGGAAACUCUUAGAUUUCCAGUCUUUACUAGUUCAUUACCUGCAUGUGUUUUUUCUGUUGGACCAUGGGUUUGCGUUGGAGGCUUGUUUGGUUUGGAGUUUUAUGACUAUAGAACUGGUUCAUACGUCCAAUCAUCAUUGGAGACGGAAUCAUAUGGUAGUUAUUCUUUUGCAAACAUUUCUCUUGAUGCCACCCUUGUACCCAACGAUAAACUUUACUCAAGACCGCGAUUUGGUAUGUUUGUUGCCAAAAAUACACUUCAUACCAUAUGUUUACGUCCAAUUUUGGAUAUUGUUGAGGAACUGAAAGAUGAUGCCGCAUUUUAUAUGGGUUUGUUAGAAAGUUUAAAAAAAUUUGGUGAAUCUGUGCAAGCGAUAAAUAUUUCGCAGUCGCAUUCUCGAUGUGAUACGAUUUCAACUACCAAUAUGUUUUUUUCAGAUUACGGUUCAAUUUUGGCUGGAUUUCGUGUUUCUCUAUGGGAAUUUAAGCCUGAAAAUAAUGCUAUGAAGGACAAGAAGAAACGAGGUUCAGUAUGUGCUAUUUGUGGUUUGGGAGCUUUGUUUAGUUUACAGUUUUGUGAGUGUCUAUUGUGUCAUUCGAUUGUUUGCCGAAAAUGUUCAUGUGCACGAUGUUUGCGUUUGUAUGGGUAUGAUAAUGUGGGUAGCAAAAGUAUUAUUUGUACUCAGUGUGAUGGAAGGUGUGAUCUAAACUUGUAUAGAUUGUUUAUGUCACGUCGAUAUAAGCAAAUUAUUUAUUACAUAGAAGAAUACCCCGAACGAUGCCACAAAUUAUCCAUCUCUGAAGUUAUUUCUUCCAUUCUGCCUCAGUGUUUUGUGGAGAAAAAGUUUGACCUUUGUGCAGAAUUGAUUGAAAAAUGUAUUCCGAAACAUGAUGUUAUGUGGGACCAAUGGGUUUUUCGAUUUGGUUUGCAAAAACAUAUUGGAUGUCUAGCGAGAGUGUAUAACCCAAAUUAUUCCGAUGAAACUAUAAAUACAGGUUUUUUACUUCAACUUGUAAAGUAUGGGAGUUAUGACUUGAAUUCGCUUUUACAGCACUGGCCGCUUAUGUCAUAUAGUGCAAAAACAGUUUUGUCUGGUAUUCUUGCACGUCUUUCGUUUAAGAAACAAGAAGCUUGUGAUUUACAAUUAUCAUGUCAAAUUGAAACGUUAACCUUUGUGGAAUGGCAAAAUGCUGUAAGCGAGCUUUACUUUGAUGACGACGUAAAUUACCUACUUAGGAGCUAUCUUCAUAUUUGUUUUAAAAAUAAAAAUAUAUGGAUGCUGCAAAAGGUUAUAUGGAGUAUUUUGUUAUGA